CGCUCCUGCAUUUAACUGACAGAUCGCAAACUCACCUGUAGACUAGCCGGCGAAAACUCAUCUAGUUCCCAAAAGUUGCAGGAGCGCUGACGAAAAGAACAGGUUUCAAAAUGAUUACACCAGAAUGCAAAACUUCUGUGUCCGUAAAUAUCGUUAAUUUCAUGUUUUAUGGUGGAAUAUCAUGUAUCAUACCAUUCCUCAGCGUGCACAUGAGAACACUAGGUCUGACAUUGUGGCAUACUAUAUGGGUGCAUGUUGCGUCUGGGCUCAUUUGUAUUUUGAUUCCGCUUUUAGUCGGGCCACUAGCUGAGAGGAGACCAAGUACUCCAAGAAGGUAUCUCUACAAGUUAUGCUUCACGUUUUCUCUUUUGAUCGCAAUUUUCACCUACACAGCUCUUCUAGCUGUGCCAAGAGUCCGAAGAAUUCCGAGACAACCUUUGGUUGAUUUCGAUUGCUCUUCACCAAUGACUGCUGUGAUUAAUUUGGAAAAAUGUGCCAACUGGGAAACGUGCUCUGAUGUGGCUAAUGCUUGGUCUUCAAAUACUCGUUUUAGGUUAUCUCAUUGUCGAUACAGAAACACUGAACUUGAAGACUCUAGACCAUAUCCACCAGAUGCACCAAACCCACUCCAUAUGUGCUUUCGAUCUAUAUCAAAUACAACGAACUUGUGCCUUGUUUAUGAUGCUCAUGUACGUGAAAAUUCAAACUUGGAAUUCAAUUCUGAUCUUAGAUUAUGGCAAUUCACCGAAUAUAGAAACGUAUCUACGAAAGAAUUUUCGUUUGUUGACAGCGACAUAACAUCGUCUUCCCUCAACGUAUGCAAUUUUGUUCCUGCCAAUACUGGAACAAUAAUCAAAGUCAACAACAAGUCACACGAUUCUGUAUUUUGUCGACGUUCUCCAGCUGAAGGUAUCACUGGGAUUAAAUGCUUAUUAUCAAUGUUUACUGAUGGAAAGAAGCCACAAUGUUAUGAUGUCAUUGGGGACUUAUCACUCACCUUUUGGACAUAUUUGGGACUGAGGUCAGCUGCUGAUGCUUUCCUUAUAUCUGCUUUGUGUCUCAUGGAAGGAAUCUCCCUGCGUGUGAUACAAGCUGGACCGUAUCACCGUGGAGCAUAUGGUCGAACACGUAUUUGGCCGUCAUUUGCUUUAACAGUCUGUCCAGUUAUCAUAGGCGUAUUGGUGGACUAUUUCAGUGAUGUGGCUGGAGUUCCAGAUUACUCUCCAGCAUACUUCAUUUUUGCAGCAUGUGAACUGAUCACUUGUUCCUUAAUAUAUGCCUUGCCUUUGCCAGUUGGAGGGAAUACCUUUCGGUAUGACGUUUCCCAAGACUAUACUACAAGAAAUUAUGGAGACGAAACUGGACAAAAGUAUCAUCUUUCCCUGGAGCUGGUUGUUAUCACAGUGAUUGCGGUGCUUAUUGGAGCUGCAUGGGGAAUUUCUCAGGUAUUUGAUCCAUUGCUGUACGAGGAUAUUGGAUUCAAUCAUUUGCUACUGGGUACAAUGCAGUCUAUCGGCUUUUUGUGCGGCGUACCUUUUUUGUGGGUAUCAAAAAACUUAAUCCAGAAUAUAGGAGAAGCUAAUUUAGUAUCGGCGGCGUUUGCAUUUCAUGCAAUUCAUCUUGCAGGACUAUCAUUCAUAGAAGAAUGGUCCCACUGGUGGUGGGCAUCUCCGUUUGAAGCAAUGAAAGCAUUCACCGUACCGAUUCUUUGGUUAGCUCUCGUUGCAACUGUCGAACACGACGGCAGUAGCAAAGGGAAAAGAAUUGCUAUGCAUUACAUACUGGUAGUAUCUCAUUUUGGCGUAGGUCGAAUAAUAGGUUGCUCUGUCGGCGGUCUCCUAGGCGAAUAUUACUCCAUGAGUCUGUCUUACAGAGUUAUGUCAUGUUUCUGCGUUUUUAUGGCUAUAUUCUACUUGUUUCUUCACCACUGUUAUAUGAAGCCACGCCAUCGCAAAAUAGUAGCUGCAAGAUGCGCCCUAUUAAGGCAGUCGAUAAAUGGAUCUUGCCUUCAGCUUGUGGAACACAUGCCUGUGAAUGGAAUGAUAGUUCCAAGUCGGAGUAACUGAAUUUUUUUUUUUUUUUUUUUUUUUUUUUUUUUUUUUUUUUUUGUACUCCUGCGUGAUCUCAUGCGUAGAAGCCAAGUAGCAUUUCUUCUACAGUCUCCAUUGUGUACAAACAAUAUACGUGGACUCAGAAAAACUUUAUAAAAUGGAACCAGAUUCCUCAGUUAGUUAUUUAUGAAUGGCAUGCAAUGAGAGAUUUUCGCGUCAUAAUGAUUGUUUAUUGGCAGUAUAUUUUAUAUAGGUUACGUUAUCACUGUAUAGGAUACUUCAUGCGUAUACUUUACCGGACAGAAAGCAUUGAAAUUAGUUUGCAUAGAUAUAUGAUCAAAUAACCCUACAAUCAUCACUGAGACGAAAACGGCAGUGAUAGUUAGUUGUUAGUAAUAAGUUUAUUGAUAGUUAUGAAGUUUAUGCUUUUUUAUAAUUCUAACACUUCUAUAUUUUUGCUAAAGACGGAAAUAAAUUGUAAAAUAAAAUUGUAAACAAAGUGGGAGUAAAAUACUGUGAUAUAAUUUAUUCUUUCAUAACACUAGGUGCGCUGCUUCCUGAAUACGAAAAAUGAUUCUUUAACUUACAGUUAAUUUCUUGUAAAAUCAAAUAUUAUAUAAGUUUAAAAGUUCUUAAAAUGAAAUCUUAGAUCCAUUAACAUUGCAUUUUUCUUUAAAUCCAUUAUUCAUUCCAUAAAUAAUGCAGUUUUGUCUAUUUAACUAAAAAUUGAAGGGAAAUGGAAAUUACCUGUGUCAAAUUGCUAUAAAAGUUGGCAAUAAUUUUACCUUUUUCUUAUCCUUAGGGUAAGUUUUGAAAUGUGCAGUUCAACAGUUAUGUUUUCAAAAGCAAAUGGAAGUGACAAAGGACAUAUUUUGCUUUACGAGUCAAAUUAAAUAAUUAUUAAUAGGAAUUUUAAUGCAGUACAUUGAGAUCGGGUGAUAAGCGUAAGCCAGUGUCAAAUGUCAUUUCCAGAAAAUACCAGCCAGAAACUAUAGCCUAAAAGACUGGCUUUUUCUGGAUGCUUCUGUAGGCCUCGAUGAGGGCAUCCUGCAAACUCCCAUUGAAACUGUUAAGUUUUAGCGGUGGAUGAAAGAGAGUGUAUUUUAAAUUAAAAAUGAAGUCAGUUUAUCUUAAUUUAGAAAACAAAAAGGAGUAUUAAAAAAUGCAUUAUUUAUGGAAUGAUUCAAUAUUAAAUUCCAAUAUUCAAAUAAGCAUAAAUUCUAGAUAAUUCUAUUUGAAGUUUUUAGAUAAUUCUAUUUGAAUUAAGGGGCAUGUUUAUUUUGAGCUUAUUUUAUUAUCUAUACAAGGUAUACAGAAGACAGAUAUUAAAUAUUUACCUGCACUAUGUAGAAACGUAGCUCAAUACGAUGCGUAGUUCAGCAAACAUCAUUAGUAAAGUCAGAACUGCUAUUUAAAUUACCCAUUUGUAACUAAGAGAAGAAAUUGCUUUCUUCAAAUUCUGUUUAAAGCUUUAGUAUUUUAUUAAUAAUAGCGUGUACUUUAAAGGAAGCACAGAGAAUCAUGAGAUUUCUAAAGGAGUGAAGGCAUGUAAAGUAUAACUAAAAAAGGGAAUUAAAAAAAAUUCUUCGUCUACUCUUAGGGAAAAAAAUGCGAGCAAGAAAAGUAAAGAUGAUUUUACAUAAACUACGGACUUAUAAAUACUCUUAAAUAUAUUCCAUCUUCAUUUAAAUGUUAUACUGCUGAAUUUUCCUUCAAUUAAUAAUGUGGUUAUUAGGCUUCAAAAUCUGAAUUGGAAUUUAUAUGGAAUAUUAUUCAUGUGGAUAAACUUAUCUUCACUCUUGGUUGCUUUCAAUUUAUCUAAGUACUUUCUUUCUUCACAAUUCUUUUGUCUGACAUUAUGGCAUUAUUCUUGAUUGGUUUGGUUUGAAUAGUUGAUUAUGGCAAAGCGCACUAAAGACAUCUACCUAAGAGGAGAGAUGCCUUUGUGGAUGGCGCUUUCUAAGGGAAACUGUUUCGUAUAUACGUUACACACGAGAAAACAACGAAAGCUCCCAUGCAGCCAGCCUGUUCACCUGGAAUCGAAUCCAGGUCAGAACUACCAGUACUCAGCGAUUUUACCGCUUGGCUGCUGAUGAGUUGUAUUAUUAUUGAAGAUAGUUCAAUAUGUGUAAUAAGGCUCUUAUAUUCUCGGUCAGUGAAGUUUGUAACUAAUUCACGAUUUAUCCAAUUAAUCCGGAAACAGUAUUUUACUGAGGUACACUUGAUUGUUUUAUAAGUGAUUGAUCAGUCAUGACAUAGCAAAGUUUUAGGGAAGCUAAAAGUUAAUUACCAUUUUUCUCCAUUAAUUGGACGAAAAUUAUGGUAAAAGUAUAUUUUAGGGUACCUCUUGGCGAAACUUGGCGAUUUUUGGCGGUACAUGGAUACCGAGCUUGUGCAAUUCUUGGACUUGUUAAUUUGGCUUGCGUAGUGGCAAUUUUUCCGCGAAAAAUCGCCGCUACACAAGCAGCCAGCCUGUCGAUGUGUACAUGGAUACCGAGUCAAAAUAACAAGAUAAAGAAUUGCUCAAACUCGGUAUCCAUGUACACAUCGACUUAUUUUUACUUAAAAAUAAAAUCCCUGAAUUGCACAAAAACGGCAUUGCGCACUCCCUUGCCUUUAUCCAUGUACACAUCGACCUAGUUUCACUUAAAAAAAAUCAGAGAAUUGCACAAACUAGACUAAAUCGUCGCUAGACAAAAACAAAGAAUUGCACAGACUCGGUAUCCAUGUACACAUCGACCUAUUUUCACUUAAAAAAAUUCCCAGAAUUACACAAAAAUGGCAUUGCGCCCUCCCUUGACUUUAUCGAUGUGCACAUCGACCUAUUU